AUGUCCAAAUCACCUAUCACUUGUCAUGUGCUCGAUUCUUCACUCGGCAAGCCGGCCGCAGGCGUCCAGGUUACAGUGCAGGAGUACCAUACGAUAGCCGAGAGCACCUCCAUGUUCGAACCUUUCGCUGAGGGAAAAACCGACUCCGACGGCCGGUGCAUGCAGCUCUGGCCGAAGGCGACGGCAGAACACAAUGCGGAGCAGCGCGCUAAACUGAAGGCUGGCGCUUUAUACAAGGUUGUCUUCAAGACGAAGGAGUACUUCGAGAGUACCGGGCGCAAGUGCUUCUAUCCCUGGGUCGAGAUCACCUUCGAAGUCUCCAACCCCGACGAGCACCAUCAUAUCCCCCUGCUGAUCAGCCCAUACUCCUUCACAACAUACAGAGGCAGCUAG